CUGAGCUUUAAAAAAGUUUUAUAGCAGCAACACAUCCAGCGUGGUGAAAUAAAACCGAGAAACGCAGAUAAGCCAUUUUAGCUAUGGGACUGCUCGCGGUGUGUGCGUAAUUCUCUCAGAACCCUCUCUCUCUCUCUCUCUCUCUCUCUCUCUCUUUCACGCAGCAGAGUCUGUGCCGAAGAGUUUUUUUUUUCGGUUUUGGAGAGAUUUACAUGAAAGUUUUUGUUGUUGUGCAUUCUUUCGCGCUCUAGUUCUCUCUCCGGCUGGAGAAAGCCUAUGCUCCCGCACGCGUUCAGCUCCGAGCGGCGCUGCGCAUGGGCGGCAUAGGCGGCAACUUCCAGCCCAACAUGCUGAAUGGAGCGGACGCGCAUGGCUUCCCCAAGGACGUGGACGCGGCGCACCGCGAGAAGCCGGGGCUGCACCACCGGCCCGAGCCGCUGGCUGACGCGCACGAGAGCGUGCCGCUGACCUUCCACCCAGAGCAGAGCCGCUUUUACGCGGGCGCGCCGCUCGCCAGCUGCCACUUCGGCCGCGGCGGGACGGGACAGGGGUACGGGACGGCGCCGGACGGCUACCCGGCUUACCCAGAGCACCCCCACCACCAUCAUCACCCCCCUCCCCCUGCUCCUCACCCUCACCAUCCCGCGCACCUGCAGCACGGAUACCCGCGCGCGCCGCCGCUGUGCGCGCUCCCCGGCCUGCAGGUGUGCGGCAAGACGCAGGUCCUCCUCAACAAUUUCCCACUAUGGGCCAAGUUCCACAAGUACCAGACCGAGAUGAUCAUCACCAAGCAGGGCAGGAGGAUGUUCCCAUUUCUCAGCUUUAAUAUCACUUCUCUGGACCCGUCUGCUCACUACAACGUGUACGUGGAUGUGGUUCUAGCUGAUCAGCACCACUGGAGGUACCAGGGUGGCAAGUGGGUGCAGUGUGGCAAAGCAGAAGGCAACAUGCCAGGCAACAGGAUGUACAUGCACCCUGAUUCCCCCAACACUGGCAAUCACUGGAUGAGGCAGGAAGUCUCAUUUGGCAAGCUAAAACUCACCAACAACAAAGGCAGCUCCAACAACAUGGCACAGAUGAUAGUGCUGCAGUCUCUCCACAAGUACCAGCCACGCUUGCACAUAGUGGAGGUGAAGGAAGAUGGAACGGAAGAUCCCUUCCUCAGCUCUAAAGCGCAAACCUUCAUCUUCCCUGAGACGCAGUUCAUCGCAGUCACGGCCUACCAGAAUGCAGAUAUCACUCAGCUGAAAAUAGACCAUAACCCCUUUGCAAAAGGUUUCCGGGACAAUUAUGACGCCCUCUAUGCGCCGCCUGACUCGGACCGUCUCACACCCUCCCCCACAGAGGGCCAGCAGCUCAUGUCGAGCAGCUGCUACCCCCACCAGCCUUACCUGCCUGAGCAGUAUGUGAGCCCGCUUCAACACAGCCGCUUCUACAGCCAUGAGCCCGUCAGCAUGGCUCACCAGGGCCCCAAAGACCCACCUGCAGGCCCUCACAGCCGCUGGUACCUCCCCGGCCAGCAAGGUGUACCUUCCAAUCGCCUGGACUUCAAUACGUAUGAGGGGGACUAUUCGUCCAAUAGCCUGUACAAGCCCUUCCCACUGCAGACAUCACCCCACCACCCGCUCAGCUAUUACUCCGAUAACCCCUUCACCUCUGGGUCUGUGUCCAGUGGCAGCCCUGGGACAUGGAGCACAGGGAGGCCAUCACCACAGUACCUCAACCACCCCCACCCUGCAAAGCCCACCUCUGGCCUCAGCUGGUUCCACCCUGUGUCUUCCCCUGCUACAUCCUCCUCACCUUCAGCCGUCAAUUCCCGCCUGCACCCUCCUCCCUCACUCUUGGAGUCCCUGAGGCUUCCACUACUCCAGGACAAGCCCAAGGAGACCGGGGACGACCCCUGGAUGGAGACGCCAUCUGUCAAAUCAGUGGACUCGGCCGACUCUGGCUUAUUUGAGAGCGGAGAGAAUAAGAAAAGACGAGUGUCACCCUAUGCCUCCAGCACUGAGAAUUCCCCUCCCAACCGUGGAAACGAUGCUUGUGAGAAGGACAGCAGCAGCGAUGCAGGCUACUAUGGUUUCUAUGGUCACUGAGAACCAUUGGUCACCACCCAACUUGGGCUGUCUGUUUCCCACCCACUGAGAUGCAGUGUCCCCAGUGAAAACGAAUUAUAUGGUUGCAGUCGCUGUGGUAACAAAACCUCAUAUCUCUGAAAUGGCAACUUUGUAGUAGAAGAAAACUUGUACCUCACCUAUACUACCUAUAUUUAUUCUAAGCAUGAACUGCUGCCUGAUAAUUUAGAUGAAAAUUGCUGACAAAAGCUUAAAAUGCAGAAUGCUAGUUUAUAGUAAGGAUAAAUAUGCUGAAGUUUCGGGUGUACUCAAACAUUUUGACUGGUACUGCAGAUUAAUAUAUGGAGAAUAUCUCAAUUGUCCUGGACAAAUCUCAUUUUCUGAAAAAGAAAAGUAAAGAAUAUCUUUUAUCUACCAAUGUACUGUUUUUCCAAGUAAUUUUUGGACCAUUUUUAUUGUUGCAAAAUGUUCAUGCAAAAUAAAGGGCAGCGAGCAUUUAAAAAAAAGUAAUAAUAAAAAGUAAAAGAAAAUGGAGUUAUGAGUUUUUUUUCACUACAGCGACAAUGUUGUUAUACAAUAAGCUUAACUAGGGUUAUAACGAUUGUUAUAAGUUAUAAAUAUAUUCCAGAACAUAAAUAGAGAAUAUUGUAAUAUAUUUUCAGUAUUGCUUUUUUGUAUGGGACUACCUGACCAUGGGUGGCUGAAGGUAGGCUGAGGAGGGGUGAUAUAAAAGGCCAGUAAGAACUGACACAUGACUCUCCUGUAGCACUGGUGUCCUUUGCUCUUCAUUCAUAUGUUCUGGCUGGCCUUCUCAUGUUCUUUGUUGUGUUCCUUCCUUGUGGUAGCUAUAUGGAUGUUAAGGUCAGCUGCAGGUGCUCUGAAGGUCGUUGUCAAACGGUGAGAAGCUCAGGAGUUAAGACAAUGUGACUGUACUGAAACACUGGCCUAGAGACUGAAUUCAAAAGCUGCAGCAGUUUAUGAUUUGAAGUCCACAUACACCUGCUGACACUUCCCCAAAGGACCUGUCCAGUCCUCCACAUCACAUAUGCAAACACAUAUACACACUUACAUGCACAAAACUACACCACAUUUUCAAAUUCACAGCUCAUUAUAGAGUGCUUUUCAAUUGCACUUCAUUCAUAUCUUCAUUAGUGUAAAUGAGGUAUAGGGGGCACAUAAAGUCAUAUGCUGUAAGAGCUAUUAGGGGAAACAAUAGAUUUGCCAGUAUCUGCCCUGAGAUGUCAGCACUUGUUUCACUCAGCCUGUCUCCUCACUUCCCAUUGACCUUUCACUCUCCCUCUGUACUAAAUCAUGUUACUGUAAUUUUAUGUUUUUGAACAUACCUCAUUAGAUUUCUACCACCAUACAGUAAAUAUUUUAUAAUACAUUCAGAAGACGAAUUCACUUAUGUUAUGAUCUAGAACAUCAUUUAAAGGCCUCAACUGAUAAAUACAUCACUUGAAAUUGUCUAAAACAGAGGCCUAAAUUUGAGUUCCAAAUCAAUCCUAAAAUGCCUGCAUCCCACAUAGCUAAAGACCACGAUCAAUAAGCACAUCGAAACCCUGGCCACUCAGACAACACACUACAAAUCAUUAGGUAUUGCAGAGAAUGGCAGUAACCAGUGAGGAGAAUUUGGAGUCUUGGGCUUAUGUGUAUAAAGCAUUUUAUACUAAGAAAAAAAAGAUCAGCCUUUUUUUAAAAUUAUAUCAAAGGGCUCAUAUAACUGAAAACCACAUUUCUCUGCAUGUAUUUAAAAAAAUAAGUCUUUGUAACGUGUAACCAUUCAUAAAGUUUCUAGAUGAGCCAGCCAUUCACUCCCCAGUGUAUACAGUCCAUGUAUAUGGAAACUGAAAACUGACAUCACAAAAACCAAAGUAUUUACAUGUGUAUGUAAAAGUUUGGAACACCCCAGGUCAAAUUACACAUCAAAUCACACAAGUUACACUUUUGAUAUUCUAACUGAAAUAGGUUAACACAUCCUCUACAGGGAACAAACAGAAAUAUAGCAUUUUUUUGUAAACGUUUACUGCACAGUAUAUUGGGGAAAGCAAUGAAAGAUAAAUGUAAAAUGUGCCAUAACAUUCGCACUGGCCACAGUUUUGUUUUGUUUUUAGCAGUAACUGUGUAUUAAACUGUGCAGAAGUGAGUUUUGUGUAGGAGAUGUGUUCACUUAUUUUCACUUGAAAAAAUCAACAAAACACAUCCUUUGACCAGGGGUGCUCAAACUUUUGCAUAUGACCGUAUAUCCAGCUGUUCAGUGUACAAAAGUUGAAGUUUUCAGCCUGGACUGCUUUUUGACUGAGGCACAAUACAGAGCGGCCAAUCACAGAUUGUUUGCAUAGUUCGUUUAGCAACAAGAACAGCCUGUUUCAAGAGGUUACUGGUUAUGUGCUAAAUAAUUCUAACUGUUUCUGGUACAGAAAACAAAAGGUUACAUGACAUGGCCUUUCAUGACAGCUGACAUGAAUUUAUAAAGAUAUUUAUAAAGGUUUGUUUUAGCAAGCAUCAGGUUUCAUAACACUUCUAGGGUGAAAUUACAUUGAAACGCAGCCUUUAUGACAAAUGAUGCUUGGUUUUAUCAGUUGUCAUGAAAGACUUAUGUAGGUCUUAUGUAGCCUUCAGUUAAGCGCUAGCCAAAAAUAUAACACAAUGUUGGAUAUGAGCCUUUUAAUGUGACCUAAACCUCAAAACUGAUCCUCUUUCUGCUCUUCUACUCAAACAUUUCAUAAAUCUGUCUGUUUCAUAGAGCGAUUCUAUCUUUGAGCAGGGGUGAUGAAAUUGAUUGGGCAAUCUAGUCCAAGUUCAGCAGUUUUUUGAUAUAAAACUUACAUUAGUUUGACCUCAUUUGAUCUGUCAUUUUAAUGUGCACUCAGACGUACUAUGCAAAGAGAGCGAGACAGAGAGGGCAUAAAGGUCAGCAGUAGUAGUGUGCAUAGCCAUGUAACAUUUCUCUGUUCCUGUUAGAUGCAUUUCUGCUGUGUGGAAGCUCUGUUCAUCAUUUCAGUGGACUUUACAAAGGCAAAAAUGAACAAGUAAUUCUUUUUAUGUAAGACGUAUUAUAGUGUAGGUCAGGUACUAUAGUACUUAAGUAGAGACAAGGCCACAACACAGCAAUGUCAGUCUACUAAGCCUUAAGAGAACAUUUUAACCCCACAGCAGCAAAGUCUGGGGGCUUCUUACAGUAGGAGGAGAAAGACAACAUGCAGACAGACAGGGUGGAAAAACGGACACCUGGCAGGGGCAUCAUGGUGACUGGACAUCAUCUUUAGUCAGACAACAGAGCAGCACACAAACGCACUGCCCCCACACCCAGACCUCAAUGACAAAGAGGAAGAAUAGGCCCUCAGUCUGAGCCUAUCAGGGCCUGCAGAGCGCUGAAGGUGAGAAUGACCUUCGACAGCUCAGUGGGCGACAGGGUGCCAGUGCAAGACCGGAGACAGCACUGAGAAUGCUAGUACACUGACUGCCAAGGCAAACAGUACAAUGCAGCCAUAUGAAAGACAUAUUAUUUGUCUUUCAUGUCCUUUAGUUCGGUACAUUCAAUUGAUAGGAUUUACAAAGAGCAGGACAGAUGAUGUUCAGCUGGGCAUAAAUACACACAUACAUAAUCACAAACACACAAAGGACUUCAAAAAUUGUGUCUUUAGAUUCCUUUGAACAAAGUCUUUAUCAACAACUGAAAACUGCAGCUACCCCCAUGAUAAGACUGCACCUGUUGUUUGUAUAUCAAUUGUAAAAAAAAUUGAAAUGCUUAAAAUAUUACUUUUUAUGGAUUUUCUUCUGAACCUUCUGUGUGUUUUUAUAGAGCUUUCCAAGGAAUUGUAAUGUGUUGAAACACAGCUGAUGGAAAAGCUUCAAUCUGCCGUCACUGACCUCCAAAACAGUGACUUCGGCUUUGCUUAUCUUAACGUGAGAGCAGUUUGUGCUAAACCAAAUGAAAUCUUAGCAAUAUAAUCAAACGGACAAUCAAGAUGAGCUAAUUACACAGGGUUAUACACCAGGUGUGUCAGAUCUUCUGCUCAGGACAAAUGUGUGCCAGUGACUAUUCAGCUCCUUGUUAAGUGAUGAGAAAAGUGAUGAACAUGUUGACAAUUAAUCAUGAUUUGAAGUAACUUGGAUUUGUUUAUUCUUUCAAGUCGAUUCACUUGGAAUUUUAAUUGUUAAAAUGCAAACAGUGGAUGGCUUUGAUCUUAACUGACAGUUACUGUUGGUGAGCCAUUUCUAAUUUCAAGUGCAAUUAAAAAGAGUGAUAUUAAUUUAA